CUCUCUCUCUUUUUCUGCUUCAAAUUUUUGUUCUUUUAAAACACUGUGUUUGGAUGAGGCGUGAGGGAUUAAAUAAAUGGAGGGAUUUUAGAUUUGGAAUUAUAUACACCAAGCUUGUGAUGAGUUGCAUCCCAGAAAUUUGGAUUGUCUUGAUGAUAUUGCAUAUCACUGUGAUCGAAUUUGAUUUAUGGAGAAUGAUUUAUGUAGCAGUGGUUGAAGGAGGGCAGGAGGUUAUUAGAGCAAUAUUGGGUAGGACAAUUAUAGUGAUUUUGGGGAGAAUGUGGUGGAUUCAUCAGAACAUGGGUUGAAUUCGAAUCUGGGUUUGGAGGUCCAGAGCAAUGGGAAUCUAGAGAGCUAUAUGGGUUUGAAAAGUGGUGAUUCGAGCUGUUGGAAUGGGAGCAAUGGGUGGCCUGACCUUGCCAUUUACACACCAUGUUCAGGUUUUCAGUAGAUAAAGCAUAGGAGGGUUAGAAUUUGGUCAUGAGAGUUUAGACUAUAGCAUCCAAAUAUUAUAUGAUUAAUGGUCUGUUGACCUACUUUUUUUUCUGUGUGUUCUACUCUCACCAGAAAAUAGUGUAAUGAAUUGGAAAUGUGUUAUGGAUGUACUUCAUACUCGGCUUUACAAUUGUCAGUAACACUUCAACCGUUGGCUUUACCAUUAUAUCUGUGCAUCUGGAAUAAGGAUCAUGAGAAGCAGCUUCUGGAGUUUGUCUGUCUUUAAUUGAGGGUUUAGUAGUCUACAUUCGUGAUUGUAUUACAAGUGAUGAAUAAAAGUUGGAAUAGUGAUACUAUAUCUCUUUUCGUGGUUGAGGUAGAGGUGUGGAUGUAUGAAUCAAAGUUCAAAUAUGGACCAGCCUAGCUCACCUCUACGACAAGGGAUCCCAGUAAAUUCUACACCUUGAAAAGCCUACUUCUCUCAAUUGUGAAUAAGGAGACAUUCUGCUUAUUCUUUACUUUGGAGUUAGCAUAGGAUGGAGUGAAUGGAGAAAAGCAUGUACAACCACUGUCGUUUUUGUUAAUGCAUGACCUACUACUGCUGUCCAAAGACUGCAGCAGAAUCCUUUGUACAGUGUCCAUAGAAAUAGUUUGUCCUCUUUUUCUAUGUAAAGGAUCAUGGUGGGAUUUAAAAAUAGGUACAUGACAUUGGAGGUUAUCUUGGAUCCGAAUAAAGAACUUGCAAAGAAAGAUCCUGUUAUCAUUACCACAUAUAAUGUUACAAAAGCCAUCAAAGAUAGCAUUCUUGUGAACUUUGGGGAGUGUGGUCUGGCUUCUUCACUUGGAUCGUUCCAAGUGAAGUAUGUCAAUGAGAUUACAAGGCUUUGUAUCAUAAGAGCUUCGAGGGAGGACCAUCAAAAAGUAUGGUCUGCUAUUACCAUGGUCAGGAGUAUUGCUGAUUGCCCGGUGAUUUUUAAUUUGUUGGACUUAAGUGGAAGUAUCAGAGCUUGUAAAACAGCUGCCUUGAAGUGUGAUGAAUUAAAAUUUGAGCAGCACAAACUUGUGGUUGGAUCUAUUCUUUCAGCUCAAGAUACUCAAAAGAUGCAGUUCUAUCUUGAUAAGAUCAAAGGCUUGGAGCACUAAAGUUUUACUGCAUAUGUGGUGACAUACUGAAUUCAGAUGGCAAGUACUCUGGCCUGUAUCUUGAUGCCCCUUCUGUUCCGUGGGCUAUUUUGGCAGCUGGUAUAAGUACACUGGUUGUUUGAUGAAGCAUAAUCUAUUCACUUGUUACUGUAGGAUAACAAUGUGCUUCUAGUGCUAUAGAUCACAACCAGAGGUCACUAAUGGCUGUUGGUAUUGUGAGUUUAUAAAAAUGUCUGUUUAUUCAUAGAGGCUUUCUAUUGUGGGUCUGCAAAGGGAGUGGAAUACUUAAAAAUGAUGUCCUGUAUCAGUAAGGGCAUAAACUAGACACAACUUUGUUUUUUUGUUUUUAAAUCAUUUUAUCUGGAAAAGGAAUUCAUUCGUUUUAAGCA